GUAUUUUCACUAAUAACAAAGUUACUAAUGGUGGACACUUAAUUUGGAUAACCCUGUAUAUGGCCUGUACCAUAUACUACAGGCUAACAGGCUUUACUCAUGUAAAAUAAAUGUAAAAAACAACCAAAUAAAGAUGUCAAUGAGUGUUAAUGUGGUGAGAAAGUAGGCAACCAUGAGAGCACCGCCGUAUGUCCUUGUAAGAAACAUGGCGGCAUAUGUCAUUCCGUCGAAUUGUUCUGAGUAGGCAGGCGUUCUUUCUGUGUCAUAUUUGUUCUUUCACCACGACAACAUGGCGACAUUAUUGUUGCUGGUUGAAUUACACUGAGUUAGCAUUCUCUCAGUGUAUAUUUUGUGGUUCUUUCCGUAUAACUUUCCUGGUUUUGUAACGCAGCCCGCCAAAAGCGUAGGUGAUGAAAUAGGAAGAAUGUUUAUAUAAUUAUAUAGAUUCGGUAAUCGUGUGAUGUAAAGUAGAUCCAGCAACUGCAAAAAAUCAGGUGCAGACUCAGCAGAUGUGGAAAAUCAGAUGAGUACUCUAUCCUUAUCGUGACUCUUUACAUUGUCACUUUCUGUGUGUGUGGGUGUUGUAGAUAUCUCUGGUUUUAAAGUAAUGGCAAGCUCUUCUGAUUCUUUCAUACCAAAAAAACCCAAAUAUACCUCAAAAUGCCAAUUUCCUUCAUGCUCUAAUAAACGCUAUUGGAAUGGAAGUGAUUCUAAACCGAAGAAAUUUUAUCGCUUCCCUAAGAGCCCCACUCGGAGGCAACUGUGGCAUGCUGCUUGUGGCUUAGCAUCCAGUGUGAAGUCGGAUCAUUUUCUUAUUUGUGGAGAUCACUUCUGUGUUUCAGAUCUUGCUUGUGUUCAAGAUCCUCAGUCCAGAUUGAAUUAUUCUGCAAUUCCAAAAGAUGCUCGAACUUCAGUACAGCCUCCAGACUAUUCAACUUCAAGUCUUGCAUUUUCAGAUAAGGAAGGUUCUGCUGUUCAAGAUCCUCAGUCAAGACUGAACUAUUCUGCAAUUCCAAAAGAUGCUCGAACUUCAGUACAGUCUCCAGACUAUUCAACUUCAAAUCUUGCAGUUUCAGAUAAGGAAUGUUCUCCUGUUCAAGAUCCUCAGUCAAGACUGAACUAUUCUGCAAUUCCUAAAAAUGCUCGAACUUCAGUACAGCCUCCAGACUAUUCAACUUCAAGUCUUGCAUUUUCAGAUAAGGAAUGUUCUGCUGUUCAAGAUCCUCAGCCAAGACUGAACUAUUCUGCAAUUCCUAAAAAUGCUCGAACUUCAGUACAGUCUCCAGACUAUUCAACUUCAAGUCUUGCAGUUUCAGAUAAGGAAUGUUCUGCUGUUCAAGAUCCUCAGUCAAGAUUGAACUAUUCUGCAAUUCCUAAAAAUGCUCGAACUUCAGUACAGUCUCCAGACUAUUCAACUUCAAGUCUUGCAGUUUCAGAUAAGGAAUGUUCUGCUGUUCAAGAUCCUCAGUCAAGACUGAACUAUUCUGCAAUUCCUAAAAAUGCUCGAACUUCAGUACAGCCUCCAGACUAUUCAACUUCAAAUCUUGCAUUUUCAGAUAAGGAAUGUUCUGCUGUUCAAGAUCCUCAGUCAAGACUGAACUAUUCUGCAAUUCCAAAAGAUGCUCGAACUUCAUUACAGUCUCCAGACAAUUCAACUUCAAAUCUUGAAUUUUCAGAUAAGGAAUGUUCUGCUGGUUCCUCACCAGACAUGUGCGAUUCUCUUUCAACAUCUGCUGAUAUGUCAUCUGGUUCUUUGAUAUCAAAAAAACCCAAAUAUUCCACACAGAAAUGCGAAUUUCCUUCAUGCCCUAAUGAACACAUUUGGAAUGCAAGUCAUUCCAGUCCCAAGAAAUUUUAUCGCUUCCCUAGGGACCCCAUUCGGAGACAACUAUGGCAUGCUGCGUGUGGCUUAGCAUCCAAUGUGAAGUCAGAUAAUUUGUUAGUUUGUGAAGACCACUUUCACCAUUCAGAUCAUUCUGGCAUUCAAGAUCCUCGGUCAAUAUUGAAACAUAUUACAAUUCCGAAAGAUAUGGCUCGAUCUUUAGUGCAAUCUCCAAACUCUUCAAGUUCAAAUGUUGCAUUUUCACAGAAGGAAAAAAAACCCAAAUAUCCUACACGGAAAUGCCAAUUUCCCUCGUGCCCUAAUAAACACUUUUGGAAAGCAAAUUAUUCAAAUCUCAAGAAAUUUCAUCGCUUCCCUAAAAACCCUGCUCAGAGACAACUAUGGCAUGCAGCUUGUGGCUUAGCACCCGAUGUAAAGUCAGAUAAUUUGUGUGUUUGUGAAGAUCACUUUCACCUUUCAGAUCAUGUUUGUGAUCAAGAUCCUCAGUCAAGAUUGAGAUAUUUUGCAAUUCCGAAAGAUAUAACUCAAACUACGGACUAUUCAACUUCAAAUCUUGCAUUUUCACAGAAGGAAUGUUCGGCUGGUUCCUCGGCAGACACGUGUCAUUCUCUUUCAACCUCUGCUGCAAGUAAUGUGUAUUUCUUGCCAGGGGAGCAGUCAAAUAUGACAAUUCUACAUGAUCACUCUUAUUUCUCUGAAUCCGAUUCUACGGUGAAUGAAAGAAGAAAAUGAAAAAGUUCGAGGCCUUUUUAUAGAAUACUUGCUGCUGUUUUUUUUUUUCUUUUCAUGCACCAGAAACCUGGCUGUGACAACGUACCCGACUUGGACAACUCUUUUACCUGGAUAGGAUAGAAUUAUAUGUUAUUUAGAUUGCCUGAAUUAUGUGUUAUCAAAAUACUGGAUUGGCAAAGAUCUGGUCGUUUGGGUGUUUCUUUUUUCUUAUGAUAUUUUGGAAUUGUCUUUCAGAAACCCAAUUAUAUUGUAGUAGAGCCAGCCAGUAUUUUGACGGUUGUAACUGCCACUAAUGUUAUGUAAAAAUACAUUUAUUGAUUUCAUGGUUAGACACGGCCAUAAGCAGCGACGUAUUGACUUUUUCAUGAGUACCUAUUACGAUAGAAUAACAGCUGAUUAUCUAGUAAUAUUUCAAAACUCCCCAUAUUAACACAUGAGACAUAAUUCUGAUGUAAUUCAGCUUCAGACAGCCGAUUUUUUUAUGAUUACUGUCAACGUUACAGACUAAUCCAAAUAUGUCACUUGCUGAUCAGCUGUUGACCUCAGUAGAUGUCAGAACGUGAUGGAUACACAUGAAAUAGGACUUAUAUUAAAAUUGUUAUUGUUCAAUUGCAGUUUGUAUUAUUAUAUAAUUUCAUCGUUUGGUUUGAGCCUGUUGUUUGUCUUUAUUCAGCAUUUUUGUUUGCUUACUACUAAGCUAAUAUUGACGUGCCAAAAAUGUAUGUUCAGUAACUGUUUUAACUAAAUCUAUCUUAAUAAAAAUAUGGACAUUGAGUUAGAAGCAGUGUUGUUGGAGAAUGGAGAUGAUGACGUUGAAUCCAUUAUACUAGACCACAUUUUAAGGAAUGAGUAUGAAAAAAGAGCAGAUGCAUUUACUUUGGACAGAUUAAAUGAUGAAGAGGUGGUGAAGAACUUUAGAUUUGAAAGACCCCACUUGCUAAGACUAAAAAAUGUAUCCAAUAAAAUAACUGCACGUGCAGGUGAUCAUAUUGAUGGACUAACAUCCCUAUGCCUUGUGCUGAAAAGGCCGUCAUAUCCUUGCCGUCUGACUGAUCUUGAAAGCUUUUUAUACAUGUCGCCUCAAAGACUCAAAUAAUAAGUAAGACAACAGAGGUACACUGCCUCAAAUACCAAAGUGUCCUCUGCUCAGAUGGAAUCGUUGCCUGUUUAAUUGGUGCAUUUUCCGGUCGAGGACAUGAUGCUGGGAUAUUAGGGGGAAUAAUACCUAGGAACAGUUGGAGCAGAAUUACAUUUUUGUAGAUGAAAAAUAUGUAUUUUACGAAGAUCAAGGCUAUGGUUUGAAUUGACUGAUAACACCAUUACCUCGAAAUCCAGCAUGAAUACCGCAUCAUUACCAUUUAUUCGACAGUUCCAUGAAAAAUCUUAGUCUCUGUAGAAUGGGGAUUUUUUAUAUGAACUGGACUUCUUAGCUAUGCUCACACCGGAUGGUCUGCUGGUCAAUCAUGCUCCUACAUCGAGUAGAACCAGCAAAUUUAGAACAGUAUUUUGGGGUUUAGUGUGUCUCCAUGUUUCAAGACCAAUUUUAUUUUUUUAUUUGUAUUAUAUCAUCAAUAUUGGAGCUCUAAGUGUGUCAUGUUUAGUUUUUAAUGAUCUCAAAAUUGUAUAGUUCAUUUAAUAGAGUAUGUUUUUAGUUUUUAUAGGUUUAUCUUUGUAAAUUUCCAUAAUGAUUAUCUGGAGUGUACACUUUUGUAAUAUAAAUAAAAC